AUGACAAAUAAAGCCUCCUUGCGGCCGCUGCGGCCGAGGGAGAAAGGUUCAUCCUCCCAAUCACAGAUACCACGUCCUUCGGUUGAAAAGCGACAGAAUGUCUCUCUUGCUUGCACAGAGUGUCGCCAAAAACGAACCAAGUGUUCUGGUACAACUCCGUGUGCGAACUGUACCGCGAAAGGUUGUCAAUGCAUCUAUGGCAGUGAUCGCAGGCGCAAAUCUCAUAGCAUCGAAUCGUCUAUAUUGCAUCAAGCACUGCUCUACACUGUGGUUAAACUUCGCUCUAGAAACCCAGAUAACGUGAAAUCAUUCAUUUUACAGAUCCGGGGCUUGCAAAGCGACCGAGAUGGAGAGAUUUUUCUCCUUCGUGAGAGCAGGCUGCGAUAUCAGGCUGCCUAA